AUGAAAGUGAGAAACAGUUUUUUGCUUAAAAUAGCAAUAACUUGUAUUCCAAUCAUUUGUAAUAUUAUUUCUGGAAUUCUCAUAUUUUCAUUCAUUAUUAUCGAUGCACAAAAUAAUAUUGAUGAAAAUGUUAUGAGAACAUUAGUGAAUAAGAGUCUAACUGCCGAAGAAAAACUCAAUAAAUCGAUUAGGACAAUGCAAUAUGGAAAGAAUUUACGCAACCAUGUUGCAGAAAUAAAGUUCAGCAGAUUCGCGGAUAGUUGUUUGAGUUAUAAUAUGGUGUCUUCUCAUGAGGUAACAAUUUGAGUUUUUGUAUUUGUAAAACUAGAUUGAUAAAAAUUUGAAACAUGUAAUUCCAGUUUGCAUUGACGUGUCCUCCAAAGAAAAAACAAUUUUGUGAGUGGUUGGUGGAAAAUCAAAAACAAUGUUUUGUAAUUGCAAACGAAGAGGAAACCAAAACAGUUUGUGAGGAUAUUGAAGCAAUUUAUCCUAUUAUCAUAGCUCAAGUAGCAUUCAUAAAGGCUGAAUGUGAUUCUAUUGAAGCUUUUUGGAAAUCUACUAUCAACAAAAAAAUGGAAAGCGAAAUGAUUUCGUACGAAAAAACUCAAGCGUAUCAUGAUAGUUUAUUGGUAAGAACAUCAAUCAUAAUGAUGUAGGUUCAUGUUUCAGAUGUUUAAUGAAAAAAUAAUAAUUCCAAUGAGAAACACGUUGGCACAAAUACCCACAACACUUCAAAACAACCACAUUCAAACAGUAAACACAAUUGAUUCAUGGAGAUUAUCGAUUAGUGUAAAUUAUGGAAUCAUUAUCACAAUUUCGAUUAUCUUCAGUGUUUCUGAAAUUUGCUAUUUGUUGUUUGUUUUGAAAAAGAAGAAAUGA